AUGUCGAUUCCUGGACUCCAAGGAAUUAUAUCAGCCGAUACACUGGCUCCUCACAUCGACACCAGCUCAGCAUUGGUGCCCAGUGGAAGUGCUACAGCUUUACCGAAUGCAAAAACUGUGGAAAUAUCAGCAUUUUCAGAAUGGAGAUUUGAGCUGGGCAGUUCCUCCGACAAAUUGCGAGUGAGACUAGUGGCUGGAGAAGCAGAGAUGUUUGGUACUGAACUUUCUUCAAACAUGGAGUACUCCUUCACCGGAGCAAUGAAAACGUGUAUAUUCACGUUUAAGGGCUGUACAAUAGAAUAUGCAGGAUGUGAACUCUCGUCUGAAUACGUUUCUGACGAAUCAUGCAUGACCAACUACCUGAACCUACACUUUGCACUGGAGAGACUGAGGAAAGAAGCCAGCACUUAUAACGAAACCAGCACCGACAAGAGACUCGGACCCAAGGUGCUCAUAGUUGGAAACAAAGAUUCCGGAAAGACCUCUCUGGCCAAAAUUCUGACUGCCUAUGCCACCAAGAUGGACCGUCAGCCAAUCCUCGUCAACCUGGACCCAUCUACAGCCAACUUCAGUAUACCUGGAAUGCUCACGGGAACCACGAUCUCUGACAUCAUGAAUGUGGAAAACGUGAAUCUAGGAGAAACCAUAACAACGGGUCCAACGUUCUACCACCAGAAGCAGCCCAUAGUGAAAUGCUUCGGGUUGGAGAGUUUCUCAGAUAACGAUAAGCUAUACAAGUACGAAAUUUCGCAGCUCGGCAUCAGCGUCUUGAGCAGACUGCGUAACGACCAAGUGGUUGGCGAGUCGGGGCUCGUUGUGGAUACUCCUGCUUUCAAAAUCACGGAUUACGAACUUAUUGAGAACAUCAUAUCGGAUUUCGAGAUCGAUGUGUUGAUUGUGAUAGGCCACGAGAGGUUGUUCGUGGAUCUGAAGAAGAAACUCAUCAAGCCAUCGAACCAGAACAGACUCACGGUCUUGAAGAUGCCCAAGUCAAGUGGAUGUGUUGAUUUAGAUGACAAGUUCUCUAGGGACUUGCAACAGAGGUGCAUUAGAGAGUAUUUCUACGGGAUAGAGAAACAAGUGUUGAGUCCUUUCUCCAUUAUGGCCAAUCUGAAAGAUCUGAUCAUUUUCAAACCUGUGGAACCCAACGGCAUGUUCGGGUCCUCUGGGUUAUCUUUUCUAAGUGGUGAUAUGGAGGAAGAUGAGGAUAUCAAAACGGAGCCCAAUGCCCAGCUGAAAUUUACAGAGUAUUCCAAGCUGCUUGAAAGGAUCACCGAGCCAACGGCUGAGAUUCUCAGCAACGCCGUACUUGCGAUGGUGAACCCCUCUGGCUUGGAUCUCAACAGGUUUGCAUACACGGACGAUGAGCAGGCGUUGAUAGAAGACACGGUUAACACCUCGGUGGUUGGGUUCACGUAUGCCGUGAGUGUGGACGAUACCAAGGGCAAGGCCAGGUUUGUGGUACCUUCACCAGCCAACCAGAUGCCCUCAAAAGUUUUGAUUUUGACCAAGUUUAGAUAUCACGAAUGA